GGACGAUAAUAUAUUGAAUUAGUAAACUGAAACGCAUCGGCUGAAGUUGGCCCCGUCAAUUUCAUGUAUACAAGAUAAUAGUAUUUUAUCAUAUCCAGUACGAAAUAGUAUAAGACACGAGCGUGAAGUUUGAUACACGAGCUGUUAGGCGAGUGCACCAAUCAUACGAGUCUUAUACCCAUUCGUACCAGCUAGACACAACAGUUUUUAUAACAAAUGCUCAAACAAAACGCCGUCUGGCCUUUUUUUUUACGAGGGAUGACACUGUUAACUUGCUUCAAAAAUAUUUUUAAUAGGUUUACUCUUCCUUGAAAAUAUUUUAGAUGCCUAUGACGUCACUGUCAUACAUUUUUAGGCAAUUUUAUUGUCAUCUCUCCAAUAAAUAAUAUUUUUAAAUUCACUCCGGCGAGACAUUACGGGGUAAUCUUUGGGCAUUUGUUACAAAAAUAAUUACACGUUACCAUAAUUUUUUAAUUAAUAUAGCCUUCAUUCUCAUAAGGGGCUAACAAAUAUUUUCGAUAGAGUGCUGUGCUGUAUAAAAGUGUAAAUUCGGUGAGGCGUUCGUUCGACCUGUGCCUGAUUCAAUGAAAGACCUUUAAGUUCGUUUGACAAUAAUUGACGAAGUUCUAAUGAGUACAAAACCUAAGUAUUCGUGAAUGCGAAUAUGGCUGCGCCGGUUUCACCUUAAUUUUUAUUCUUCAUUGUGUCGGCGUUAAUGAUCCUUGAGGAGGACGAAAUACGGCUAUUGGCUCAGAUCGGCUUCCCACAGGAAAGAUGCAUAAAUUACCUGACGCCUGACGAGGCUCACGAGGAAAUUCGAGCUACUUGGCAAAACAGAAUGCAAAAUUUAAGUAUAUCCUGCUCUCUGGUCUGUCUAAUAAUUUUGGGCAGUGCUGUACUCGUGGGAUUUUUUGGACUGUGUCGUCAUCAGAUAUCAGCCGUAUUGGUUACCGGUGUUAUGUACUUACUGGCAGCGACAUUCGCCCUCUUCACGCUGACCAUUAUCCACUUCAAAAGAGCUCAAGAUCGUGGACCCAGGAUAAUCGAUGGUCCUGAAGAUGGCGUCGUAGGUGGACACGUGCCGAAGAGCAUUUUGAAGGCACGAAGAUUUACGACUUCCUGGAGCCUCGAUUUCGGCUGGGGUGGCGUCACCCUCUGCGCACUUGCUUCGGUCGCCUGGAUACUCCUCAGUAAAAUCAUGAGGUUCAGUCCGAUAGCAGCCAUGAUAGCGUAGCAGUGGGAGGCGUUCGAGGUUUAAGGAUGGAGGUUGUUGAAGAGGAUAUGAAGAGUCAUCGGCUGGUACAGGAAGACAUUAUUAUGAUUAUAAUGUUUUUGUAUUUUGAUUGGGGGAGGAGGUCAUUGGAGUUUGGACAAUUAAUUUAUGCCUGGGAAUUCUUGUUGACGCCAUCUUGUGACGAUGCAACAACAUGGCCGAUUGUAAAUACACGUAUUUCUAUAUCCAGAGAAUUUCCACGAGUGACCAAACAGUAUUUGGUGGCUACUGGUACUGUGAAGGGAGAGACUGCCUUUGGAUUUAUAUUUGCAAGUUGAAUGGAAUUGAUUGGGAUUAUCUAUAAGAAGUCAGGAUCACCUCGAAGGCGGAAGUUUGUGCUUCCAACGUGAAUUAUAUUUAAAAAAAAUAAUAAUUUCCUUAAGGGAAAACAAAAGAUCAGAUGGAUCCUUGUCCAAAAGAAUUUUUUCAUGCGCAGCAUAAAAUUUGAACAAUAUUCAUGACGUCCUUGCGUAUCCUUUAGUAAUUGUUGAAUUUUAUACGUUUUCAUAACUAAGUGUCAAGCGUUUCGUGGGAUGAUAAGCGUUAGUUUUUUUAAUAUCAACUAGUUUCGUCGACGUUGAGCUUCAUCAUUGUUCUCUUUGAAAAUCGUCCAGAGCAGAGCUUAUUAGCUUGUACGAUUGUUGGUAAAAGUUUAAUUGGAUUUCAUAUAAAUAAUGCAUAUAUCCAAUUAUGGUUGUUCCAUUGAGAGGAAGGUGGACCUGUCGGUUUAAGAAUUUUAUGAACAAAGUUGAGAUGGUUUUCUGACAUCCGAGCACACAAUGGACGAAGUUUUCACUUUUCAAAAGGACCCACUUCAGGUAUCCAAAAACCGUUGGGACACUAAAUCAUAGAAUUUCCGAGCAGCUGACAAAUAAAACUUGGAAAAAAGGACGAAGUAAAUGGAAAACAGACAUUUAAGGUUAGAAACGGGAUUUCGAGGGAAAUAAGAAAUCAAUCGAUUUGUCUCAACGUUUACCUGCAACCUUUAAACUGGUCUAGUGAAUUAAACAUCGUAUUAAUUAUAAAAAAAUAUAAUCCAAUGUUGUACAAUAAGAUUCCAAUAUUUUCCACGAUACUGAAUACGUCUCUACGUAUCUCGAGUACAUACGAGGUAACAGACAGGAUAGCAGUUUGCAGCUGGAGAAAUAAAGCGUUUUCAACCAUUAAAAAUUUCCAAUUAAAAUAAAGCAGCCUACGUAUCCGCCUUAAGUUGAACGAAGUUAAUACGUUCGAUUCGUAUUAGAAAUACUUUCUAUUGUAAAGACGAUGCAGCUGCUUCUAAAUCUUAUUGGACUUGCAGCCGAAUAUGCCGAUGUACACAUAUAUGUAUACCUAUAGGGUACACGCUGCUACCUACACAAGCUACAAAAUUAAAUAAAUUGAAUUAACCUUUUUUGACAUUAGAAAACUAGUAUCAGUAGUAUAAAGUAUCUAAACUACCUAUAAGUGGAAUAACCUUGCGUAUGUUUACAGUCAAUUAGCUUCGCGACGAGUUGCAGUGCAGUGCGACAACAAAGAUUGAAUAAAGAAAGAAAAAUAUAAAUGAAAUCGAUCGAGUUCCAUGUCUGUCUAUUAUUAUAAACAUAGAUGGAAAUACGUGGAGAAGUAAUUUGCGAAUAAUUUCGUCCAUUAAUUUUUAAGAGUUUCAACGCUUUCAAUUUCGGCGCCAACGGCGGAUUCACUCUGAUUCCCCUGGUUCUUGGAUAGUAGCGUUAUAUUUUUUACCUGUUUUCUUGUUGUUUGUUAAAUUCGCGGCUGACGUGCCAUGCCGUGAAAUAAAAGAAUGCCAAUAAAUAAAAGUAUAUACAUCUA